AUGGCGGCGCUGCGGCUCCCGGCGUGGGCGCUGUCCCGGGGAGGCACCCGCCGCUUCGCCACCAGCCCCCGCGCGCGCGUCCAGUUCUACGCAGACCCCGUGCGGGCGCUGGAGGGCGUCAAGGACGGGGCGACCGUGAUGCUCGGGGGCUUCGGGCUCUGCGGGCUCCCCGAGAACCUGAUCGCCGCGCUGCAGAAGACGCGCGUCAAGAACCUGAGGGUGGUCACCAGCAACGCGGGCGUGAAAGACUUUGGCCUGGGGCUCCUGCUCGCCACCAAGCAGGUCCGGCGCGUGGUCUGCUCGUACCUGGGCGAGAACCCGCUGUGCGAACAGCAGUACCUGGCUGGGGAGCUGGACCUGGAGAUGACGCCGCAGGGCACCUUGGCCGAGCGCAUCCGCGCGGGCGGCGCGGGCGUGCCCGCCUUCUACACGCCCACCGGCUACGGCACGCUGGUGCAGGAGGGGGGCGCCCCCAUCCGCUACUCGCCCGAAGGCUUCCUGAUGAAGCUGAGCCAGCCCCGAGAGGUCAGGGAGUUCCAGGGCCAGCACUACCUCCUGGAGCACGCCAUCCGGGCCGACUUCGCCCUGGUCAAGGGCUGGAAGGCGGACCGCGCGGGCAACGUGAUCUUCAAGGGCAGCGCGCGCAACUUCAACGUGCCCAUGUGCAAGGCCGCAGCUGGCAUCUCCUGGUUCUGUCACAUGGGCCUGUAG